AGCGUUGCCCUACUGCUCUCUGGUAGGCGUUCUCGCCGGGAGUUCCUUGUGCCCUUACUAGACAUGGCGCUGGCCAGCGUGUUGGAGAGGCCGCUACCGGUGAACGGGCUCGGGUUUUUCGGACUCGGGGGUCGUGCGGAUCUGCUGGAUCUGGGUCCAGGGAGUCCCAGCGAUGGGCUGAGCCUGGCCGCACCCCACCGGGGUGUCCCAGAGGAGCCGAGAAUCGAAAUGCUUCAUGGAACCACCACCCUGGCCUUCAAGUUUCAACAUGGAGUCAUUGUUGCAGCGGACUCUCGCGCCACAGCGGGUGCCUAUAUAGCCUCCCAGACAGUAAAGAAGGUGAUAGAGAUCAAUCCCUACCUGCUGGGCACCAUGGCUGGGGGCGCAGCGGAUUGCAGCUUCUGGGAGCGCCUAUUGGCUCGUCAAUGUCGAAUCUAUGAGCUUCGAAACAAGGAACGCAUCUCUGUAGCAGCUGCCUCCAAGCUGCUUGCCAACAUGGUGUAUCAGUAUAAAGGCAUGGGGUUGUCCAUGGGCACCAUGAUCUGUGGCUGGGAUAAGAGAGGCCCUGGCCUCUACUAUGUGGACAGUGAAGGAAACCGGAUCUCAGGGGCCACCUUCUCUGUAGGUUCUGGCUCUGUGUAUGCUUAUGGGGUCAUGGAUCGGGGUUACUCCUAUGACCUAGAGGUGGAACAGGCCUAUGACCUGGCCCGUCGAGCCAUCUACCAAGCCACCUAUAGAGAUGCCUACUCAGGAGGUGCAGUCAACCUCUACCAUGUCCGAGAGGAUGGCUGGAUCCGAGUCUCCAGUGACAAUGUAGCUGAUCUACAUGAAAAAUAUAGUGGAUCUACCCCCUGAAAGAGGGCAGAUGUGGCUGCUUGCAUUUCUUGGGGUGACCAUUGUUGGUAAUGUGGAUACAACUCCCCAUCCUAUAGUGGAGUGGUCCUCAAUUGUAUUGAUAAUUUUUUUAAGCUCUGGUGCCGUUGACCUCUCUAUGUUACCAGUUGUUAAUGACGUUGACCUCUCUAUGUUACCAGUUGUUAAUGACCUGCUGCUGCAGAGGUGAUCGUUUUACUUUCUUGGAUGUUAACAUUACACUACUUGACCACA